AUGGGUGAAUCUAGGCAAGAGCUCGUGCAAUGGCUCAACAGCCUCCUCCAACUCAACAUCACCAAGGUUGAGCAGUGUGGAACAGGUGCCGCGCUCUGCCAGGUCUACGACAGCAUCUUCCUCGACGUUCCCAUGUCCCGCGUCAAGUUCAACGUUAAUACCGAAUAUGCGUACAUCCAGAAUUUCAAGAUCCUUCAGAAUACCUUUACGAAGCACAAUAUCGACCGGUCCAUCCCCGUCGAGUCGCUCGUCAAGUGCAAGAUGCAGGACAACCUGGAGUUUCUCCAGUGGACAAAGAAGUUCUGGGACCAGUACUACCCGGGCGGCGAGUACGAUGCUGUUGGCAGACGGAAAGGCAGUACAAUGGGAAGCAGCACUGGAACUGGCGCUGGAGCUGGAGCUGGAGCGGCACCGCGUGUCCCGAGUGGCGGGGCGAGACGGGGCGUAACACCCACCACCGGACCUCGGACUGCCGUCAAGCCCGCAGCCACAGCGGCCACCGCCGCUUUGCAGCAGGAGAACGCCACGCUGAAGGAGACAGUUGUCGGCUUGGAGCGUGAGCGCGACUUUUACUUUGCUAAGCUUCGGGACAUUGAGCUUCUGGUCCAACAGGCUGUUGAGGAAGAUCCCGAGCUCGAGAAGCAAGAAGACGGGCUCGUCAAACAGAUUCAGAAUAUCCUCUACUCGACCGAAGAAGGGUUUGAGAUUCCCGAGGCGGAGCAGCUGGAUGACCAAGAGACGUUCUGA